GUUCCCGUGCGUUGCCCAUCGUUUUUCUUUGCCGCGAAACGCUCGUACACGGGGCACGUACGCUCUACACCUGCGGUGGACCGACUUAGAAGAAUCGAAUCUUGACAAAACCUCGUUGUGCCGUCCGAACGAACGUUUGCCGCCGCGCGAUCGCCUGCUGUUCCGACCAACGAUUUCCUAAAUAACUAAAAGAAUGGCUGGUAAAAAGAAGGGGCCAACUAAAGCUGUAGCCAAGAAAUCUAUAAAACUUAAAAUUGAUAAUGAAUUGUUAGAUACUUUAACCAAGUCAUCUGAAGUAACACAAGAACCUAAAGAUGUAAAUGGUAUUGCUAAUGUAGAAGUACAUUCUGAAUCAGAUAUUUCAAACACUAAUAGCAAGGAAACUAACAGUAAAAAAAAUACAAAAAAGGGUCAAAAUAAAAAUGCAGAAAUUAAAAUUCCUAAUGAUAAACAGGCUGCAGUAAAAUCUAAAAAAGUUAAUAAAUCAACAGAAAAUGCAAAACAACCUUCAAGUGUUACAUUAAAAAAGACUGUUGUAAGUACUGAAUCUAAUAACAAACGUAAACAAGAACUAGAAAGUGACCCUGAACCUACUAGUUCAACAAGAUCAAAAAGAAAGUCUACGAAUGUACAAACAACUGAAGUUAAGAGAAAAAAGACUGAAAAAACAAUAGAUAAAAUAGCCAUUGAUAAUCGAAUUGAAACAUCUGGUCAUGUGAUGAUUAAAGGGCGAGACAUAGUGAUUGCCGGAUUAUUCGGUUUAGGCCCUGAUCGUGAACAACUUACAAAUCUUACUGAACUAAAGAAUUUGAAAUUCAAACUUAUUGCUGCUGGGAGUAUGCAUGUCUUAAGUGUUACUGAUGAUGGAAAACUUAUGUCAUGGGGUUGCAAUGAUGAAGGUGCACUGGGCCGUGAUACUUCAGUUGAAGAUAGUGAGACUAGACCUGGAAUUGUAGAAAUUCCAGAAGAAGAUGCUGAAAUAUAUAGUAUUUCUGCUGGAGGUUCACAUUCUGCAGUACUCCUAAGUAAUGGCAAUGUGUACAGUUGGGGCACAUUUAGAGAUAAAAAUGGUGAUAUGGGUUUCCAUCCAAAUGGAGAAAAACAACUAAAGCCUAAAUUAAUCAUGAGCAACGUUAGUAGAAUUGCAUCUGGUAUUAAUCACCUGGUCAUGUUGUCUAAAAACAAAGUGUAUACCAUGGGUUGUGGAGAUGAAGGUCAACUUGGUAGAAUAUGCCAAAGACAUUCUAAUCGAGAAUCACGUGUUGGUAAACAGUUGCUGUUAAAUCCUCAACUGUUGAAUUUUCGGAAAAAAGUUGAGAACAUUUGGGCUGAUUACGACACUACAUUUAUCCGUUUAACGGAUUCUACUAUUUACUCUUUUGGUUUGAAUGCUAAUGGUCAAUUAGGUGUUGAAAAUGAUGAUAAAUGUGUGUACUUUCCACAAAAAUCUCAAUCUUUAAGUCGUCUUAAAAUUAAGUCUAUAUCAGCUGGAACUCAACAUGUCACUCUAUUGGAUGAGCAGGGUGCUGUUUAUGUAAUGGGUGACUAUAGAGAUGGUCGCUUGGGGAUAGACAUCGCAGAAAUUCAAAAAAUACCUAAAGUGUUAUCAUCAUUACCACAAAUUAAACUGAUUUCAUGUGGAUCAGACAAUACUUUUGCAAUAACAGAAAAUAAUAAAUUGAUGGCUUGGGGUAUUGGUUUUGAAGAAAAAGAUGAUUCUGAUGUUAUUUAUUACACACCAACUGAUAUUGAUGCAGCCAACCGAUUGGACCAAAAAACGGUAGUUCAAGCAACAUCUUCUGAUACAGCUAUAUUUUUGCUAUUACAAGAUUAAGUUUUAAAUAUUGAAUGAAUAUUUUUUUCUUUCCUUGGUAACUUAUAUUUUUUAUAUUUUAUUCUAAGUAGACAAAUUUUCUACAAUAUAUUGGUAUCCAUUUUCUAAAAUUAA